GCUCAAAAGAGCUGUCUGUUAAUAGUGGAGCUCAUGCUGAAGUGGCUCGGAGGUUGACAACGACAGGUUUCAACGCGGUUCUUGUGUUACCAAUUAUAACUAGUACAGAACACAGAAGGUCGCAGUUCAGUUCAAAAUCCAGGCCAUGGAGAUGAGGAUUUUCAGCUCCGUUCUUCUCUGUUUAAUGAUGGUGGGGGUUGGUGCCCUCCAAGUGAGCAUUGACAAGGAUCUGUACGAGUACGCCAGAGGUGACAACGUAACCUUGCCGUGCUCUUUUCAGUCCACGUUUACCAAGCCGCCACUUGUUGUCGUCACAUGGUCUGUGGAAGGACUAGAAACUAACGCUGAUGAGAAAGUCAUCGCCACCUAUUACUCGGCUGGCGCAUUGUCAGACGUCAGAAAAGACUACAAAAACAAAGUGUCCAUGGAUGUGGACCUGGCAAGUGGAAAGGCAAACCUGAAAAUUGCCUCUAUCACACUCGCUGACAACAAAGAAUUUGAGUGCCGUGUCCAAAUUCCGGGUGACACUGAGGGAACGCUAUACGACUCUGCCCGCUUGGUGGUUCUAGUGGCUCCUUCUACACCCAUUUGUCAAAUCCAAGGGAAGGCCGAAUAUGGGCGGAACAUCAACCUGACCUGUCACUCAGAGGAGGGCUCGCCACCUCCUCAGUAUGAGUGGAAGAGUCUUAAUACGCAAAGAAUGCCCCACGUGAAAGAUCCUAGGACCACUAGCAAGGGCGGGAUUCUGUCUCUAUUCAAUAUCACUAAAGAGACAUCAGGAUAUUACACCUGCACAUCCAGUAACAAGAUCCGAUCUGCCAGCUGCAACAUCACCCUCGCGGUCUUGCCACCUUCCAUGAACAUCGGCUCCACAGCAGGAAUAAUUGCGGGAGUGGUGGCGGCGUUGAUCAUACUCGUCGUCGUCAUCUAUUGUUGCUGUUGCCGCAAGAAGAAGGAGGAGGAGGAGGAAUAUGCAAUGGGAGUUCCCGAUGAAAGGCCCGACAAAGUAUUGGACAGUAAUGGACCCGAGAGGUCAGCCGACAGAUACAUCGACGAUGAGGACGAGUACAGAGUGAGGGCCCCUCUUCGAGACGGGGACGAAGAACGGCGCGACCAAAGCCCCCGCAGGGAUCCUGACGGCCGCCGUAACGACUAUGACGACCGCCGCAGCGACUACAACGACCGGCGCAGCGACUACGAUGAUCGCCGCAGUGACUACGACGACCGGCGCAGGGACUAUGACGACCGCCGCAGUGACUAUGACGACCGGCGCAGGGACUACGACGACCGGCGCAGGGACUACGAUGACCGUCGUAGCGACUACGAUGACCGGCGCAGUGACUAUUCAGAUGCACAUGAUAAAAACAGAGACCGCCAUGAGCGCUACAACGAUGACCGCCACAACCGUACCGAUACCCGCGAUAAGUACAGAGACCGCUACGAUGAGGACAAUGAGAGAAGCAGAGAGCGCUACCGUGAUGACAAUCGCUACGAUGAACCUUACGAUGCUCGGGAGAGGUCCCCCGACCGAAGAGACGACUGAGACCCCCAAAUUAUUGAUCAUCAACUAAUUUUUUUUUAUACCCCACCACAACCUUUUUUUUUUUUGCGCAGUUUUUUGCGCAGUAGGAACUGCGUACAAACGAGGUCAGGAGAUGGCAUCGUGGUGUGAAGGUGCUAUAACACCUGCAAUUUAGCAAAACUGUGCUAGUAUCUCUGAUUUUGAUUUCUAAAAAACAAGCAAACAAACAAAAAAUCGACAAAAAAGAGUCUAAAAUUUUAAGACACUUGUCAUGUAGGGCACUCUUAUCCUGCUGCCAUUGACAGUUCCUCAAUGGGAAGUUCAGAAUUUUUGACAUUAGGCUUAAUCUUCGAGUUAGCGGGUGUUUAAUUAGUCGGUUGAGUUGAUUUCAACAAAUUCUGUGCAGUUAGUUUGUUAUUCAUUACUUUAAGACAGGGGUGUCCAAACUUUUUGCAAAGGGGGCCAGAUUUGGUGUGGUAAAAAUGUGGGGGGGCCGACUUUGGCUGACGUCCUUUACGUAGAACAAUAUUUUUAGGCAAAUUUUAGCAAGCCAUUUUGUGUGUCACAUUUGCUUUAUAAUUUUUAAAAAUAAUUUCAACAAUCUCGCAACUAGCCUGUGUGGCGUUCUCUUUUGACUCUCGGGCUCUUGCGAGCAAACUUCAAGUUGCUUAAAUUUCUCGCUGUGUAUCUUCCCUUUAAUUUUGUCAUACAUGUCAGUGUGUCUUGUUUGGUACUAUUGCCUCACAUUGAACUCUUUAAAAACAGCGACUGUCUCUUUGCAAAUGAGGCAGACACAGUUGUUGCAUAUUUUAGUGAAGAAAUAGUCAAAUUUCCACCUAUCCUUGAAGUGUCGGCCAACGCAGUCAACUUUCUUUUUUUUUUGUGUUGAUUAUCGCCAUUUUAGAAAAUUGUAAGUAAAAGGUCACAAGGGGUUAAUGUUGCUUAGAGUGCUGCUGCCUUUUAGUGGGUAAAUGAGGAGCAGCAUUUAGUGUGUAAGCUACUUAAUACGCUGGUAGCAGUGCUUCUGACCAAUUCAUUAAGUCUGUGUGCGGGCCAGACGUUAUUGAAUUUAUGACAGAGACUGGGGGCUGGAUGAAAUUUGAUUACGGGCAGCAUUUGGCCCCCGGGCCGGACUUUGGACAUGUCUGCUUUAAGGGCUCCGGAGUGGCUAAGCUAAUGGGAGUCAAUGAGCCCGUCCUAGCAUGCUAAAAAAACAACAACAUAGGCACGCAUGAAAAUCACCAAUGAUGCAUGCAAUCAAUAGUGUUGGCUAUGUUUUUAGGAUGAAGUUAAUCAAACUUACCAUUGCAUGUCAAUAACUGUAGUAUGAACAGCAACAUUUGUAAUAGGUAACAGGCUGCAGAGCGGAAUGAUUGUUUUUCCACCAGUGUGUUUAUGUCGUAAACAGUAGCAAGUAUCCACAGUUUAUAAUGUUCCUCGUUCUUCAUAUGGAAUUUGUGGAAACUCUCAUUUGCCCGUUUCUUAUGUCUGUCUAAAUUUUGUAAAUUUCUACUUUAAAUUCUAAAAAUGUCAUCUUGAUGUAAAUUUUUUAUUUUACGUCUUCAAACCCAUCUUAAUAUAAGCAGCUACUCGUGUUUUCUACCUCCACGUGUUUAAUAUCCUGUCAAUGGCUAUAUAGACAUUUCUCUAUUGUUCCUGCUUCCAUUUUUAACUUUUUCUUUGAAAUACUCGAGUCACUUCCAGAUAGCUAGUAUCAACUAGUAGCUAAAACACAAGAACAAAAGUUUUAAACAAUUAUGUAAUGUAUAUUUUGUUUUUUGUUUUAUUAUAACUCUAGGUUGAUGUUUUUGUUUGUUUGUUUGUUUUUUUAAGCAAUGAAUGCUUCUGUCACAAAUCUGUCACGAGCGCAGGUUGUUUUAUAUGUAUGUGAGUGUAAUUUUAUUGCUGUUCACUCAAGUUUGGUAAAUGUCCUCCUGCACCGUAAUUUUUGAUGGGUUUAUAUUAUAUUGUACACUGUUUGUUGAGUUACAAUUUACAAUACGUUGUGUUGUUUAUGUACUUUAAACUGUAUAUGUUACCUUCUGUUAGGGACCCCUGCUACUAGCCCAAUAUUUUUUGUUAUCUGCUUUUAGGUAAUCAAAUGUCUAAUCUCCACAUGAUGCCGUGAUGUGUUGCAGUUUUGUAAAACUAGGUAAAUGGCAUUCCAUCUUCAAUUUUAUGAAAUAAAAUUAGGA